AUGAUUCUCAGUGGAGCCGAAAUUGUCACACGACGAUUGGUGGGUCACCUGCGACAAGUCACCCAGCAGCAACAGCCUUGCGGUGUCGACCUUACUCUGCGUCAAGUUUCGAAAUGGACCUCAGCAGCUACAAUUGACUUCGACAAUACUAUGCGCCAGGCGGCUAAAACUUCUAUCCUGCCUUUUGACAACACCAGCAACACAAUCACUCUACAACCAGGGGCCUACUUGGUCGAUUUCAACGAAACAGUGCAAGUUCCACGGAAUUGCAUGGCCAGUGUUUUUCCUAGAUCGUCGCUGUGGCGGUCCGGGGUGGGAAUUGCGGCUGGUGUGGUCGAUGCUGGAUAUGAAGGUGCUAUGGGAGCUCUUAUGGAAGUGAAGAAUCCCAACGGACUUGUUCUUUACAAGAAUGCCAAGCUGGCCCAAAUUGUAUUUGAGGAAAUGGGGGAAAUGGUCGAAGGCUAUAAUGGUAUCUACCAGUCCUCGAUGAGCAGCGUUGGACAGGAUGGAAAAGAAGCGUGA